AUGUCCGAUACAACUGCUACCACCAAAAGGUCACUUGCCUGGACGGUAUGUGGCUCUCGCCGUGACGGCAUGAGCGAGGAGGAAUUUCGCCAUUAUAUGACUAACGUACACGCACCACUCGUAAGAGAAGCGCUCGCACGACAUGGCAUUACUGGCUAUACCAUGUGCUUUUUCGAUUCGACGACCAAGGGUCUGCUCGACCAAGUGAUGGGCGGACAACAGUUCUUCACGAAUGAAACCAAUUACGACAUUAUCACACAGGUUCGCUUCCCAGAUGUACAAUGCUGGAUCAAUUUUCAGAAUGAUCCCUUCUAUAAAGAAAAAGUAGCUCCCGAUCAUCAUCGUUUCACCAAUCCCGACCGUGUUUUUAUAAACAUUGGCUGGGUGGAAGAUUUUAUCAUUGACGGUAAAAUAGUUGCUUAG